AUGGAUAGAACACAGGUUAAGAAGCAUUGCAUAACAGGUAUCAUUACAGUUGCCGUUAUUUGUUGUUCAGCACUAGUACUACGAGUAUUAUGCGAUAAGAGCAAUAUAAAUUCGGGCGUCAUCACUCUUCAAUUUGACUUCGCUGCCCUCCUACCUCAUGGACUCCUAACGAAACGGGAACCCCUACCGUUAGGUGUUGUCGGACCUUUACAAUCCGAGGCUGGAAAUAUCCCAGGCAUGGUCACGCAAAUCCAGAGUGCGGCUGGCCCCGUUGCCACUCAGGCCCACAGUGCGGCCGGCGGUCUUGUCACUCAAGUGAAAAGCGCGGCUAGUGCCAUCGCCACGUCAAUCCCAGGUUCCGUCGAAGCUAUGCUUCCCAAGAACUGCUCUGUCGGCACGCGACAGUUCUGCGUCGCCAUUGGCGAACGUGUCUCGUGUGCCGAUCUGCCCCUGACGUUAUCUAAGACCAUUCCUUCGGAGAUCAGUCAGCUACUAGGCCACGAAUUCGACGAGGUUGGUGCUGAUCCUUCUUCUUACGCUCUCCUUGGUUUUCUUCAUGUACCGAUGGCCAGUCUUUCUGAUAGGGGAUACCGUCCAACGCAGAAUGUGUAA